AAAAUGCCACCCUUAGAAAUCUGCUUGUCCCUGCUAAACCCUCUCAGCUUCUCGUUUGGCAAAACCCUAGCCGUUUUUUAGGGUUUAUCCUCUCUCUGUAAUUUGUCUUCAGGUUGCGUCAAGAUGAACUUUUUAUUCCGGAGGUCGGCGUCCAUUGCCAAGUCGACGGCUUCAAGUCAGGCUAUUGUUGCUAUCCUUUACUCCGCACUUCCGCGGUUUGCUGCCGCGAUCCCGUUGGAGUCGUCUUCUACGUCUUUGGCUUGUUUAGUUCGAGGACUACAUGGUUCAUCUGUAGAGGCGGGGAGUCCGUCGAUCGGAGGCCUAGGGCGGAGGGAGUUCCAUUUCUCUGCGUUGCCGCUCAAUUUUAGAGCGAGUGAGAUUAAUCGGGCAGAGUUCGCCGUCGAUGACUACUAUGACGAAGGGAAGAGAGGCGAUGACGGGCUUGAGAUUGCCAAGCUUGGAAUCUCGCAGGAUAUUGUCUCGGCGCUUGCCAGGAAGAGUAUCACCAGGCUGUUUCCUAUUCAGAAAGCAGUUCUUGAACCAGCAAUGCAAGGACGUGACAUGAUUGGUAGAGCUAAAACUGGAACGGGCAAAACUCUUGCUUUUGGGAUUCCUAUCAUGGACAACAUUAUUCGCUACAAUGCUAAGCAUGGGCGUGGAAGAAAUCCUUUAGCCUUGGUUCUGGCACCAACACGAGAACUUGCUCGACAAGUGGACAAGGAAUUCAGGGAAUCAUCCCAGUUGGACACACUGUGUGUAUAUGGAGGUGUCCCUAUUCAACAGCAAAUGAGAACCUUGAGUUAUGGCAUAGAUGUUAUAGUUGGCACUCCUGGCAGAGUUAUUGAUUUACUUAAGCGAGGCGCCCUAAAUUUGUCUGAGGUGCAAUUUGUUGUUCUUGAUGAGGCUGACCAGAUGCUUGCCGUUGGUUUUGCUGAAGAUGUAGAAGUGAUUUUGGAUAAGUUGCCACAAAAACGCCAAAGUAUGAUGUUCUCGGCUACUAUGCCAAGUUGGAUAAGAAAAGUUUCCCAGAAGUACCUUAAUAAUCCUGUUACAAUCGAUCUCGUUGGUGAUUCAGACCAGAAGUUAGCUGAAGGAAUUAGUCUUUUUUCAAUUGCAUCAGAUAAUUAUGGAAAACCAUCAAUUCUUGGGCCACUGGUCAAGGAACAUGCCAAAGGAGGAAAAUGCAUAGUUUUCACCCAAACUAAAAGGGAUGCUGAUCGUUUGGCUUAUGCUAUGAGCAAGAGUUUUCCUUGUGAGGCCUUGCAUGGUGAUAUUUCCCAAAACCAGAGAGAGAGGACACUUGCCAGCUUCAGGGAUGGUCGGUUUAGCAUUUUGAUUGCUACAGAUGUUGCUGCUCGUGGACUGGAUAUUCCUAAUGUUGACUUGGUGAUUCACUAUGAGUUGCCAAACAGUUCUGAGAUCUUUGUUCAUAGAUCCGGUCGAACAGGGCGAGCUGGUAAGAAAGGAUCUGCAAUUCUUAUUUAUACUAGAGAACAAGCGCGGGCAAUGAGAGUCAUUGAGCAAGAUAUUGGAUGCAGAUUCACAGAGCUUCCUAGCAUUGAAGUGGAGGAUGGGGGUGACUUGCUUGGCAAGUUUGAUUCCUAUGGAGGUGGUCGAAUGGGUAAUUCUGGGUUUGGCCGCAGUGGACCUAGCCGUUUUGGGCCUAGCCGUGGUGGAUUUGGCGGUUCAGGAGGCGGCUUUGGCGGUUCCGGAGGCGGCUUUGGCGGUUCAGGAGGCGGCUAUGGCGGUUCAGGAGGCGGUUUUGGUGGUUCAUCAGGAAGGAUGGGUGGGUUCGGCCAAUCUAGUGGUUCAGGUUUUGGCCGCUCAGGGGCUUACGAUAAUUCAGAUUUGGGAUCUGGUCGCUCCGGAGGAUUUGGUGGAUCUGGUUCAGGCUUUGGAAAAUCGGGCAGUUUUGGUGAUUCAAAUUCAGGCCGCUCUGGUGGUUUUGGAAGCUCAAGUUCAGGACAGUCCAGUGGUUCCGGUCGGUCUAGUGGCUUCGGCAGCCAGGAUUAUGGGUGGUCUGGUGGUUUUGGGAACAGGAGUUCACGUCAGUUUAGCAGCUUAGGUGACUCUGGCCCUACAAGUCCCUGUGAUUUUGAUAGUUCAGCAGGAGCUCCUGGCAAGGAUAAUAACAACUUGAAUAGGAGCUGGCCAUGACCAAAUAACUUUCUACCAUGUAUUCAAGCCUUUAGGUUCUGGAUCUUUCAUGUAACAAAUACAAGUUCCAGCUACUGCAGCAAUUUGGAGAGAUCAUCCUGGUACCCAUAAGCACCAAAGCUUAUUACUAAGUUUAAUCCGCAGUUUGAGGUAUAUAAGCUCAAUUGUUACUCGGAAAAAAAAAAAAAUAUUUUUAUAUAUAAGAAGGAUUUAUUUUUUCAUCUUUCUAGAAACUAGCUUAAGCUAUGUUAUUUAUUGUUCGCUGCAUUGUAAUUUAUUAUAUGUUCUGUUAGGUUACUCUUCUACAUUUUAGCAUGUCAUAAUGAUCCAUAUUAUUAAGGUUAUGAAAGCAGGUUGGCUGUGUUUUGUACAAACCAUGAAAUUAUUAUUAUUGUUAUUUUUUGCAAUUUUCAUA